UGAGAGUUUUUACUGGGCCUGUUUUUGUGAGCAGAAACCUCUUCGAUCCCCCUCCACCUGUGGUCAUACCUGCUGUCUAGCUUGGGCACGUUCACUAUGAUGAUGGGCUUCCUGGGCUGCAUCGGAGCAUUGAAGGAAGUGAAGUGCAUGUUGGGGAUUUAUUUCACCUUGUUGGUGUUCCUGUUGGCCUCCCAGAUUACUGUCGGAGUUCUCAUUUACACUCAAAGAAAAUCGAUCGAGAAACAGCUUGGCAACGCUGUGCAGAAGUUGAUUCAAAACUAUGAUGAGAGUGAUGAGAAACUUCAGAGCCUGGAGGAGAGUUGGGACUUCAUCCAAAUGCAAUUUUCUUGCUGUGGUUGGAACAACUCUCAGGAAUGGAUGAAAAACUCAAAAAUGAAGAAUAAUUCUAUUGAGUUGCUGAAAAACUUCACCUAUCCAUGCUCCUGUUAUAAUUCUUUUCCUCAGAAUAUCACCAGCUUCAACUUUACCAAACAAACUGGAUUCUGUUAUGCCCCCACAAACCCAUUCAGAGUUCCCUUGAAGAGCUGUAGGAGUAACGUGUUCGAAUGGAUGCGGGAAAAUAUUAUGAGCAUCAUGAUUGUCUCAAUUGGUGUGAGUUUAGUGGAGCUCUUUGCAAUGACGUUAUCGAUGUUAUUGUGUAGGAAUAUCGACCCAGAUUACGACAAGCUCAUUCGCUUUCAGUAACAGCAAGGCUGCUGAGCCAGUCUGGAACAAAGCAAAACCAGUGUCUUUUAUUGAAUCAGAGAUAGUAGGAACUGCAGAUGCUGGAGAAUCCGAGACAACAAGGUGCAGGGCUGGAUGAACACAACAGGCCAAGCAGCAUCAUAGGAGCAGAGAGGCUGACGUUUCGGGCCUAGACCCUUCAUCAGAAAAGGGGGAGGGGAAGGGGGUUCUGAAAUAAAUAGGGAGAGAGUGGGAGGCGGAUAGAAGAGGGAUAGAGGAGAGGACCUGCACAUCUGCCAAUGUGGUAUACUGCAUCCGCUGUACCCGGUGUGGCUUCCUCUACAUUGGGGAAACCAAGCGGAGGCUCGGGGACCGCUUUGCAGAACACCUACGCUCGGUUCGCAAUAAACAACUGCACCUCCCAGUCGCGAACCAUUUCAACUCCCCCUCCCAUUCCUCAGACGACAUGUCCAUCCUGGGCCUCCUGCAGUGCCACAACGAUGCCACCCGAAGGUUGCAGGAACAGCAACUCAUAUUCUGCUUGGGAACCCUGCAGCCCAAUGGUAUCAAUGUGGACUUCACAAGCUUCAAAAUCUCCCCUCCCCCUACCGCAUCCCAAAACCAGUCCAGCUCGUCCCUGCCUCCCUAACCUGUUCUUCCUCCCACCUAUCCCCUCCUCCCACUUCAAGCCGCACCUCCAUCUCCUACCGACCAACCUCAUCCCGCCCCCUUGACCUGUCCGUCCUCCCUGGACUGACCUAUCACCUUCCUAACUCCCCACCUACACUCACCUUUACUGGCUCCAUCCCCGCCUCUUCGACCUGUUUGUUUCCUCUCCACCUAUCCUCUCUUCUAUCCGCCUCCCACUCUCUCCCUAUUUAUUUCAGAACCCCCUUCCCCUCCCCCUUUUCUGAUGAAGGGUCUAGGCCCAAAACGUCAGCCUCUCUGCUCCUAUGAUGCUGCUUGGCCUGCUGUGUUCAUCCAGCCCUGCACCUUGUUGUCUCAGUGUCUUUUAUUCCUUGUUUAUAACUUCCUAUAGCAACUUUAUUUCCAGUUUGUGUUUAAUCCUUUUUGCGGAUUGCAACUGGGACUGGGAUCAUCACAUCAGGUAUCGAACCAUUUCGAGGAGCAGUUCUUAUUCAGUGUUGAUGCAUGAUUGUAGAAAUCACCUGUUAUUGGAGAAGUGGCAUCACCCAAUACCAACUUCAAUCCAACUCACUUUACACAAAACCAAUUCGGUCAAUUCAACCCAAUUGAAUGCAGCCUGAAGCCCAAAACAGUAUAACAAAUUUAUAAAAAGGCACUAUCCAUAUUGGAGAGCUGAUAAAAAUGCAAAGGAUAAACCAUGGCUUCAGUUAAGGAAUCAAACCAUCUGCAUGAAAAAAUCUGUUUCUUCACAAAAUUGGUUGAAUAGACAUUGGAUAGUGGAAACACAAAUUAGCAGAAACAGUUUUAAAAAAAAUGUAUGUGGAUUAAUUUUGAGGGUUAUUUUGUCAAGUGCAUGAUUUAUUUGUGUAUUCGUUCUAGACCAGUACAUCAUAGUGUAACCAAGUGGCCAGGUGCUUUCUGGAAUUGUUUAUUGUGAGGGGAUGUGCAUAGAGGCUGUUACUGUGUGACCACAUACUCCAGAGUUAUCUUAAAGAUUUCACAUGUAAGUACUUUGUUUGCACAAGCCAGAAGCAUUUUGGACACAGGAGAACUUGGGUUCAAUCCUUGGUGAGUCUCAGGCUGACUGAUCUGAGCAUGUUUGAUGCAAAGGAUUUUACAAUUUGCCUCAACUUCAGCGGAGAAAGAGGAAAAGCAGGACUCCAAUCACUGUCCUGUAUGUGCUGCUGGGGAAUGUAUGUGUAAUUGUCUGUGAAGGUAGGAACAGGCUUGUUAUGAUGCAUCCUAUGGGUGAAUGUUCCAACAACAUUUUACUACCUGGGCUUAAACCUGAAUUGUACAAAGUACUUGGAGAGUCAGUGGUCAUUGAUUGGUACAAAGUAACCUUCUGCUUUGGAAAUGAAACAAAUAUGCUUUAGACAAAAACCACAAACCUGAAGUCUGUGUUUAGGGAGCCUGCAGUUUUGUGAGAAAAAUAUGAAAACACAAUUUAGCCCCUGUCUGAUUUAUAGGGAGCUGUUUGUCCACCUCGAUUGCCCAUUCCAGCACCUAACCAAUCAAAAGUUUGGUUUGGAUUCCAUGAUUGACCUUUCACCUUUUUCAGCAGUUGAUGAACAACUGAUGGGAAUUCCUGGCACUCUAGUCCUCUCCCACAAGUUAAGAGAUUUCCCCCCCCCCCCACUCAGAAAUAUACAGCAGCUGAGUCAGCAUCUGAAAGAAUAAAUACAUUUCACCUAAGAUCUGACGGUAUGCUAUUUAACACUUUUUGUUUUGUUUACAGCAUUCUUUCUAACUUUUUGUCAAUCCUGUAUUACAGUUGAUAAGUUCACGGCAAUAUUAAUCCUUGUUAGUAAGAUAGAGGUCAGAUCAUAAUCUUGUAAGCUCAAAGAAAAGUCUACAUUGGAUGUAAUUCUGCAAUUGGGCAGCUCUUGCUGAACUAUUAGUGUGUGCUAUUGGCUGCAUUUACAACCAAUUUAAAUUAAUCAGUCACGCUCAUACAGUGCAUGUACAUGAGCCACACUAAAUGACAUAUUCAUAUACAGGCACCUGUUGAAGCUUUGCACUUAUGCAGGAGUAUGGGGACCUUGCAGUUUCUUUUUACUUUCUCCAUGGCAUUAUCUCAGCUAGUUAUGGAUGAUUUGCAAAUCAAUCAGCACCUGUUCUUUAGUUUAAAUUGUUGUCAUCAUUUGAAAUUUGGCAAUUUUGCAUUUUUGAUGAGUCCAAAAUGCAAAAUUUUGGGAGCAUGUUUCACUUCAGAAAUAUUCCAGUCCUGUCUACCAUGCGACCAUGCAUAGAACUCCUUUUAAAUGUACAAUUCAAGUCAGUAAUGCCUAUGGUUUAGUGGAGCUGUCAAUGCUGAAGCCUUGUUAUUGUUCUUGAUUCUACAACUUUAUUGUUCAGUCUGACCCAUCAACCCUGCUUUGUUUCCAUUUAUGGGGGAAUAAAGUGGUAGCAGACACCGUUGGUGGGCACAGCGAGCACAAAUCACCAAAAAUCAAAAUAGCUUGCUGGAUCCAUCGGUAUAUUCCUGUACAAACCUCCCAGGGCCCCAUUCGGAUCUGUUUUUAUCUUUGUAAUAAACUUUCAACCAAUAUUUUGGACUUUA